AUGUCGGAACCCGUACCGGUUUCGACGAGAAGCCCUCAGCUGAACUUGCCGGCGCAGGCCUAUAAACCCGAUUUCUACAACGCCAUAUCCACCAUCAUGCAGCUGCGCCACAGGUACAUUGAGGACCGCGUUCUCUUUGUUCCUGGACGAGAGAUGGCUCGCCUCCUCAAGCAGCUUGGCGCCCGAGACGAAGACUUCUCAUCACUGCAGACCGUCAGCGACAACCUCGUCGGCGACCCGACCCUUCCCUACCGCAAGACGCGCAACGGCCGCUUCUGCCUUGACUUCGAUGCCGGUACCCUCCACCGCCUCGAGUUCCAGCCCUUCAUUCUCUCAAAGGCGGAGGACUUCAGCCGUUACGACUCGGACAAGGUCCGCCAUUUUGACGAAGUCGAAAAUAAUCUCCAGCUCAAUACCGUCUUCCAGGCCCUUAUGGUCUUCAAGUCCGCCAUCUAUCACGGCGUGCGCUCCUUGCGCCGCCCCAACAUGGACUACAAGACCAACAAGUGGAUUUGCACCCUCUUCUCCGUCCGAACCACCACCACCCCAGAGCGCCUUGGCGAGCCCGCCCUCGAGGGCGUCCACACGGACGGCGUCGACCAUACCAUGACCACUUUCCUCGGCAGCCGUAACAUGCGGUCCGAAAGUGCUGUAACCUACGUCCACGACAUGAAAGAAGUCACCGGUGUUCGCUACACCGAGGCCUCUCCCGACCACAUCAAGGGUUGCGUCCACCACCGCCAUUUCCUUGACACCAUGAUUGUUGUCGACAGUGAACGCAAGCACAGUCUGUCACCCGUAUACGCAGUCGAUCCUAGCCGACCGGCUACCCGCGAUAUGCUCGUGUUCUUCAGCCGGAAGCCCACUGUCGCCGGCCAUGUGUCUGCAGACAUGGAUUCUCUUACACCCCAUAAGAACUUGCCCAUGGAAAUACCCGUUUUUGUCCCUUCUUGGCCCCGUGGCCCUGGAGGAACACGGGUGUGAAAAGAACAGCUCAAAGAACAGUCGAGUUCCACAAUGACGUCAAAGGGCCGUUACAUAUCAGGCGCACCUCAGAUGCUCCUCGUGUCUAUAAGGAUUCUCGUGUCGUAUAAUACACGACUUCCAACAUGGUGUAAUUAUAACAAAAGCGAUACAUAGAUGCGCUACUACAAGGCUGGUUUUUUCAGUACAACACGGGCAAAAGCCACGACGAUAGGUAGUGAGUCAGAUAUACUUCUUACUCUAAAUCAAGUGAAGGAUACAUUCGAAA